AGAUAUGCAGUAUGCAACACAAAAUGAGGUUCCCAAUGGAAAAGAGGUUUCUUCAAGGACUCAAAAUUACCCCAAAAAUGCAGCUAAAACAAAACUGAAGCAGAAAUUUUCCAUGAAGGCACAAAAUGGAUUUAACAAGAAACGUAAAAAAAAUGUACUUAACCCUAGAAAAGUCACCAAGGACUCUGAGUAUGACUCAGGCUCUGAGGGCAGCUCACUGGAUGAGGACUACAGCAGUGGGGAGGAAGUGAUGGAGGAUGGCUACAAAGGUAAAAUCCUCCACUUCCUGCAGGGUGCCUCAGUUGGUGAGCUCACUCUGAUUCCUCAGUGCUCCCAGAAAAAGGCUCAGAAGAUAGCAGAACUCCGGCCCUUUAACAGUUGGGAAGCUCUGUUCACAAAGAUGUCCAAAACUAAUGGCUUAUCAGAGGAUUUGAUAUGGAACUGUAAGACACUGAUCCAAGAAAGGGAUGUAGUUAUAAGACUUAUGAACAAAUGUGAAGACAUUUCAAAUAAAUUGACAAAGCAAGUUACCAUGCUCACUGGAAAUGGAGGUGGAUGGAACAUAGAACAACCGUCCAUUCUAAACCAAAGGGCCUAGGCAAAACUAUUCAAGCCAUUGCAUUCCUGGCAUACCUCUACCAGGAGGGAAAUAAAGGUCCUCACCUGAUCGUUGUCCCAGCUUCAACUAUAGAUAACUGGCUAAAGGAAGUUAAUUUAUGGUGCGCUACUUUAAAUGUGCUCUGUUACUAUGGUUCUCAAGAAGAACAUAAACAAAUUAGAUUUAACAUUCAUAAUAAAUAUGAAGAUUAUAAUGUAAUUGUAAGUACGUACAAUUGUGCAAUCAGCAGUUCUGAUGACCAUAGUCUGUUUCAACGCCUGAAACUCAAUUAUGCAAUUUUUGAUGAGGGCCAUAUGUUAAAGAAUAUGGGCUCCAUCCGCUACCAGCAUCUAAUGACAAUUAAUGCAAAUAAUCGGUUACUGCUCACAGGCACACCUGUGCAGAACAACCUGUUAGAGCUCAUGUCGCUGCUGAACUUCGUUAUGUCACAUAUGUUUAGCAGCAGCACCAGUGAAAUCCGAAGGAUGUUUUCCUCCAAGACAAAACCAGCAGAUGAGCAGAGUAUAUAUGAAAAGGAGAGAAUAGCACAUGCAAAACAAAUUAUAAAGCCAUUUAUUCUCAGAAGAGUGAAAGAAGAGGUUCUCAAGCAGCUGCCCCCCAAGAGAGAUCAGAUCGAGCCAUGUGCCAUGUCAGAGAAGCAGGAGCAGCUCUUUGGGUCUUUCAACAGAGUGAAAAAGUCUAUCAAUAACCUAGAAAAAAAUACGGAAAUGUGCAAUGUCAUGAUGCAAUUGAGAAAAAUGGCCAAUCACCCUUUAUUGCAUCGGCAGUAUUACACAGCUGAGAAACUCAAGGAAAUGUCCCAGCUCAUGCUAAAGGGUGACAGAGUUGUUUUAUUCAGCCAGUUUACCAUGAUGUUGGAUAUUUUAGAGGUUCUCCUAAAGCAUCAUCAGCAUCGGUACCUUAGAUUGGAUGGGAAGACUCAGAUUUCCGAAAGGAUUCACCUAAUUGAUGAAUUUAAUACUGACAUGGAUAUUUUUGUAUUUCUGUUGUCAACAAAAGCUGGUGGAUUAGGAAUAAAUCUAACUUCAGCAAAUGUUGUUAUACUUCACGAUUUUGAUUGUAAUCCUUACAAUGACAAACAAGCAGAAGAUAGAUGCCACAGAGUAGGCCAGACUAAAGAAGUACUAGUUAUAAAAUUAAUAAGUCAAGGGACAAUUGAAGAAUCCAUGCUAAAAAUUAAUCAACAGAAAUUGAAACUAGAACAAGAUAUGACCACAGUAGAUGAAGGUGAUGAAGGUACUAUGCCAGCAGAUAUAGCCACAUUACUGAAGACGUCAAUGGGCCUGUGAGGUGAGAAUUUCGAACUCCUGAUUGACAAGAAAAUAUCAACUGGUGCACUCAAGGACAUUUACAUUAUGAUGACCACGGGGUUUAUGAACAUUUGUAACCUUUUAUAAUUUUUCCAUAUUGCAUUUCUCAUAGUAUGGACAACUUUUUGCUACUAACUGAACUCUCCAGAUGCUCACAUGAAUUUCAUAAGAAGCCACAAACAGGUGGUCCUGAAGAGGUUGAAUAAUCAUUUUACAAAGCAGUUUUCUGAGUGGGGAUUAGUUGGUGAUGUUUGUAACAAAUAUGGUAACGCUUUAGAAACGUCAGUAUUUUUGUAAUUAUUUCUACCUCCAAAUAUAUAUAUUGUCUUUCACUGGAUAAUGUGCGUAGAUUUUUACAUGUGCCUUAUUUGAUGACGCUUGCGUCUCGUUUUUGCCUGUCUCAUUUGCAGUUCUUUUUUCCUACAUUAGUUUAAAAAGUGCAGCUGGAUAGGAUUUAGCCUUUGUUUUGUUGCUAUUUGAAGCAGAUGUUCACCAAUGUCAGCAAGAACUCCUCCUGAACCUAAAGGUGGCAUUCCAUGUCCGACAUCCCCAGGUCCUCUCCACACUUCUGUUCAAACACAUGUGUUGGUGAGGAACUACGUUGUUCUCCAAUGACUAGUGACUAGAGCAGUCCUCGUCCUACUCCAUGGACCCCUUCUGUUUGUUUCCCUACUGCACGCACGGUGUGCUCGCGCAUCUGCCUCCCCUUGUGCAUGUUUUCAGGGAUUCCCUCUCCUGCCUUUUGUUCUCCUAAAACAUGCCCAGUCACUCCUGCUCCACUGUCCUCCUCUAGGAGUUUCUUCUCGCCAUGCCCCCACACGUCAGCGCACACCGGGGACACUUCUCUAGUUUGUCUGAGCAGGUUAAGUUGAAACUGUCUGACUUGAGAGCAGACGGGAUGUGACUUCUCGUUACUGCAGCUUGAGGUGCUGCACGGAAAUAGGUCAUUAACUUUAACGCUUAUCAGAAAAUACGAUUUACCAGUUUCCAUAAUUUCCAGUUCAGGACCACCAGAAGAGAGAGCCAUUGUUCAAUUCCAGUUCAGUGUGGGUGACAAAGUAAAAUUUAGAAUACAGUCGUCU